AUGCCGCCUCGCCGUCGGGGAGGUUCAGGCUACCGUGGCGUCCGCGUGCAUCCGUCCGGCACCUACUCCGCUGAGAUUCAGACGGGCGGCGGCAUGCGCCUCCGCCUCGGAACCUUCGACACCGCCCAGGAGGGCGCCCGCGCGUACGACGCUGCGGCGUGGCGCCUCCUGCGGUCCCGUCAGGACAUGAACUUCGCCGACGCGGGAGAUCGUCGCAAGCACCGGAGGCAGGAGCAUCGUCUCAGGCUGGCCGAGAUGGACGAGCAAGCUAUGGCGCUGUGGAGCUAUCGCUUCCCGCAUGACAUCAUCAACGAGGAACAGUUCUUCACCGAGAGGAGGGCGGAGAGAGCGAAGAGGAGGGAGGAGCGUGCCGCCUAUCGCGAGGACAAGCGAACGCGGAAGGCGGUCGCUAAAUACAAUGAAGCGCUAGGAGAUGCGUCCUCCUGGGACUCCGGCGACAAGCGGUUCCUUGACGCCUACGCUCUGACGUUGGCGGAGGACAUCACCGAGGCAGAGUCCGAGUCGGACGAGUAG